AUGGCCCGAGCGGAAGUUAAAAGGGAAGGUGAUAAUUAUGACAUUCCAAAUGAAGCAGAUGACAUUCGUUUGAUGAAUGAAAGUCGGGUGAAACCUUAUCAUGGUUGCGAAGCUAGUCUGAACAAUGAAGAAGCAACCAACAUGAACGUUGAAGAUGGCGGAGCCGAUGUGAAAAAAGAAAUGGUUGACGAUGCUCAUGGCAAUGACAUGGUUGGUGAUGUUGAACGUGCUAUUCUGGAACAGAAAUUUGAUUCGGUCAAAGAUGAAAAAGCUUUCUACAAUGCGUAUGCUAAAACCAAGGGAUUUAGUAUACGAAAAUCUAGAUUUAACAUAAAUAAAGAGGAAAAGGUCGUUAGUAAGCUGUGGUUGUGUUCAAGGGAAGGUCAGACAUUACCAAUAUACUUGGACCGUGUUGCUAAGAAGAGUAGAGCUCCCAAGGCACUAACAAGAAUAGGUUGCAAAGCCCAAUUUCGCAUACGGUACGAUGCAGAUGCUGGUGAAGGGGGAAAGUAUGUUGUGACUCACUUCGUCGCAGACCACAACCAUGAAUUGGCGAAACAACACUGUGUGAUGUAUCUGAGGUCAUAUCGCAGUUUAAACAGCGCUGACAAAGCUCAAGCAAUGGCUAUGCGCAACGUUGGUGUGAAGACUAGCCAAAUCAUGGACUAUAUGGUAAAUCAAUCCGGGUCUUAUGAGAAUGUUGGUUUCGUCCGUACGGAUCUGCACAGCCAUAUUCAAGCCGAACGUAGAGCAGAAGUUGAGGAUAAUUCGAAAUUGCAGGCCGACUACGCAAAGUUUGGUGAUGUGUUGAUAUUUGACUCAACUUACAGAACCAAUGCAUACCAGAAGCCUUUUGUCAUGUUGGCUGGUGUGACUAGCCACUUUAGGACCACGAUAUUUGCAUGUGUUUUGCUAGCUAAUGAGACAAUUGAGACAUACACAUGGGUUUUGGAAACAUUUAUAGAGGCGAUGGGCAAUAAAGCACCUGUGUCCGUACUGACAGAUGGGGAUAAGGCGAUGCGAGAGGCAAUCAGAAGAGUAUUUCCAGACGUAAGACAUCGAUUAUGUAAUUGGCAUCUUGGGAAAAAUACUAUUUCAAAUGUUCAAAUAAGUGGCUUUGCGCAUGCUUUCAAGCAGUGCAUGGACAUGGAAACGGAUGAGACAAAGUUUGAGCAUGGCUGGACGACAAUGGUCGAAAAAUUUGGACUUCAAACCAACAAUUGGGUGUUGGAGACAUAUGAGAAGCGUCAUAUGUGGGCUGAGGCAUAUAUGCGUAGAUAUUGCUUUGCUGGGAUGAAGAGCACUCAGCGCUCGGAGUGUAUGAAUGCUUAUUUCAAUCCCUUCCUCCAACACAAAUUGAAGCUAUAUAAAUUUGUUAGGCACUAUGAUCGGGCUCUUGCAAGGAUAAGAUAUAACGAGGCUGGAGAUGAUGCUGAAACAAAUAACACUUUUCCGGUAUUGAUUACUUCAUUGCGAGAUAUAGAGAGACAUGGAGCUGAGCGAUUCACCCGAAAUAUAUUUAGAAUGUUCCGUGAUGAAAUCUUAGAAGAGGGGAAGUUGAAUGUCAAGGACGUGUUCCCUUUGCCGGAUGGUCAGAAAUGCUACUAUAUUCAUAAGUACAAAGUGAAGGACAUAUCAUGGAUAGUAACACACAGUCCAGUGGAUGCUGCAAUGAGAUGUUCUUGCAUGAAGUUUGAGUCGUUGGGGCUACCUUGCUGUCACAUGAUAUGUGUUAUGAAAGUCGAAAAUUUAACGCAAAUUCUCCCAACUUGUGUGAUGCAUAGAUGGACAAGGGCUGCAAGCAAGGAUGGCCAGCAAUGGCCUCAACCCUCGAUUGAUAGCACUACAACACAAACGGCCUGGUAUGGGAUAUUGAGUUCUUCCUACAACGAAAUGUGUUUCUAUGCCUCGCAAUCAACGGAAGGUUUCAAAGAGGCUAGGGAUGCAUGUCUUCCGAUGACGAGCCGGAUGAAGGAGUUAUAUGAGAGGAAUCUGAACGAUGGGAAUGGAGACAAAGGGAAACAUUCAUUCCCUCAACAAUUUGGAGUAGAAGAUCCUGAUGUUGUGAAGACAAAAGGGAACCCGGGACGGGCCUUGUCCAACUGUCGAAGACCAAGAAAAUGUGGAAAUUGCAAAUGCAUUGGGCACACAAAGCGAACGUGUCCUAAGGUUCGGUUUAGCCGAAUAGUGGGUACUAACUCAGAUGCAGAUACACCCCACAUAACUGACCGUGAGUACAAUGCGGAGUCAUUGCCCGUUCGCUGCAAAACUGGGUUGGUGAAUCCAAGUACACCGCACAUUAAGCAGCGACGACUAUUUUUCGAUGUUUCUCCUGAUUCCAAGCAGCCUGCAGGCCAAUAUGGUAGUGUUGAAGCAGCAGUGUGCAAAAAUGAUUCGACCACAAUUGAUGAGGUGAAUCAGGUAGACAGUACUAGCUAUUGA